GAUACUAAAAAAGAUUAUCAUGUUUGGGUGAUACCCCAUUAACCCUACACUUUUCCUUCUCUGAUCUGGGUUUCUUCAAUUCUCUCUGGCUCUCCCCCUUCCCACGUUCCUCAACCAAUCUCAUUUAUUUCCCUUCCUUCAUUAUUAGAUCAGCAGUUUAGAGAGAGAGAGUAACCCUACCGCUCUCCUCGUCUCUCUAGGGUUUCUCUUCUUUACCCUUAAAAGUUUCAACAACCCAGGCCAGCCUUCCUUAAUGCUGCAUUUGACGAUUUUAGUAUGAGAGAGAACUUGUGGGGGCAUCGCCGUGCACCAGUCUGUCCAUAUUAAUGGCUUCACUCUGUCUUUUCACCUAUAAAGCUCUAUCCUCCAUUACACUCUCCAGCUGUACUAUUUUUCCGCUCUCCUUCUUCAUUCUUUCAUUUCAUGCUCCUCCUUUUCCUUACAUAUCUUCCCAUGCUUCUGCCCAUCUCUCCCUCUCUACCAUCAUCCACCACCUUUUUCUCAGGAAGAUCUCAGCCUGAGUUUGCUUCUGCAUUUCUCCGAGAAAAUAAUAGUUUUGCCCGGGAAUGACUCUCGCCCCAGAAGUUAUCAUUCAUUGUAAAGGUACGGUUUUGUUCUCCUUCUCUUUACCCUAGCUAUAGUUUGCUCUCCGGGAAAGAAAGAAAACUUCCCCACGAAUAGCAGGGAAUUUUCCCGGAAAGUUUUGGUGGUUUGAUUGUCAGCUUGGUUUACGUCCGCGGCCAAUAGAAAUGGAUACUUGUACGGCCCUUCUGCUUUUGACGGCUAUUACGUUUUACCUUCUCUGGUUCACGUUUAUCUUACGGUCGCUACGAGGUCCACGUGUGUGGCCCUUAUUGGGUAGCUUGCCGGGGUUGAUUGAGAACAUCGAGCGCAUGCAUGAGUGGAUCUGCGACAACCUUCGCGCGUGUAACGGCACGUAUCAGACCUGCAUCUGUGCAAUUCCCUUCCUUGCUAGGAAGCAAGGUCUCGUGACUGUCACGUGUGACCCGAGGAAUCUAGAGCACAUCUUGAAGGUCCGGUUCGACAAUUAUCCCAAGGGCCCGACAUGGCACGCCGUCUUCCACGAUCUGCUCGGCGAUGGCAUCUUUAACUCAGACGGUGACACGUGGUUGUUCCAGCGUAAGACUGCCGCCCUGGAAUUCACCACCCGGACGCUGCGCCAAGCCAUGGCUCGCUGGGUCACUAGAGCCAUCAAGGAUCGGCUCUGUGUCAUUCUCGACUCGGCUCAGAAAGAUUCCAAGUCCGUUGAUCUGCAAGAUUUGAUGCUUCGGCUCACUUUUGAUAAUAUCUGCGGCUUGGCUUUCGGGAAAGAUCCUCAAACCUGUGCGCCGGGCUUACCCGAGAAUGGCUUCGCUACGGCUUUUGACCGAGCCACUGAGGCGUCGCUUCAACGGUUUAUAUUACCAGAGAUAUUGUGGAAAAUCAAAAAAUGGCUUCGGCUUGGGAUGGAGGUGAGCUUGAGCCGAAGCAUAACCCACGUGGAGGAGUAUCUAUCCAGUGUGAUCGACAAGCGGAAGCUCGAGCUGCUUGGUCAGCAAAAAGAUGGGAAUCCACAUGAUGACUUGCUAUCAAGGUUCAUGAGGAGAAAGGAGUCCUACUCGGACAAAUUCUUGCGCCACGUGGCGCUGAAUUUUAUCCUAGCUGGACGUGACACGUCAUCAGUUGCUAUGUGCUGGUUCUUCUGGCUGGUUAUGCAAAACCCAAGGGUGGAAGAAAAACUACUGCGUGAAAUAUGCACGGUCCUGAUGGAGACACGUGGCGAAGAUGUGGAAAAUUGGUUAGAUGAGCCUCUGGAGUUUGAAGAAGUUGACCGUUUGGUCUACCUGAAAGCAGCCUUGUCUGAGACACUCCGUCUCUACCCUUCAGUGCCGGAGGACUCAAAGCACGUGGUGGCCGACGACGUGCUCCCAGACGGAACAUUUGUUCCGGCGGGGUCGUCAGUGACGUAUUCCAUAUACUCGGCCGGAAGAAUGAGAACCACCUGGGGAGAGGAUUGCCUGGAGUUUCGCCCCGAGAGGUGGUUGUCAACGGAUGAGACGAAGUUCACGAUGCAUGAUUCUUUCAGGUUUGUUGCAUUCAAUGCUGGUCCCAGGAUAUGUUUAGGGAAAGACUUGGCAUACCUACAGAUGAAGUCCGUCGCAGCGGCGGUGCUCCUCCGCCACCGGCUCUCAUUGGUGCCGGGCCAUCGGGUGGAGCAGAAAAUGUCACUCACAUUGUUUAUGAAAAAUGGGCUCAAGGUCAAUGUGCACCACAGGGAUUUAGGAGGAGUUCUGGAGAGUAUGAAAAAGGAAAAGAAGGUUGAAGGUCAUGGAAAGAGUCUCAUGCUAUGAGAUGCGAUAUGACUUUGGGGGCGUGUGGUUCUAGUAUAUAGGAGCAAACAGAAUAGAUUUCGAUUUCUAUAUUCAUGAUACCUUAUGAAUUCUUAAUUUAUAUAUUAUAAUUGCGGGAGGAUUUCUUUUUGUCGGAGGGUCCUGCUGGGAUUUAUGAGUGUUCUUCAAUCUAUAUAUAUUUUCCUUGUAGAAACCUUGAAAAUAUUCACAUCAUUAUUUCUCUCUAGUUUAUUUGAUUGUUUCAAGACAGUUUGCUGCUUACUAUAAUAUUUGUCUCGAGGGUUUGUGCAAGUGUUGACUUCAGAGGUGGUUUGUUAACACAGAUGGGGAAAUAAUAAUGUAUUACCUAUGAUCAAAGUUCAAUGGUGAAAGUUGACUGUUUCUGUUUUCUGGA